AUGGAGCUCUCGUGCAGGAUCCGGGCCUGUAGGCAGGAACCCCAGGGCUCCAGGAAGCCUCCCCGGUCCCAGGCCCACGCUGCUCUGCUGCUGCUGCUGUUGCUAAGGCCUCUUGGUAGCUUAGACGCAGAUGACCUGAAGGGGGCACACGACCCCUUGGCGCCCUCCACAGCUGCUCCCUCUAACACUGGCACCCCUUGUGCCCCCAAUACCCCGUGUCCCUUGGACAAGCCUCAGCUCUCCCAGUUCCCUAGGGGAGGAGCCUUUGAUGGGAAACUCUUGGCCAAACAACUGCAAUCCUCUGCUCCACAACACCAAGCCAACCCAUUUCCGGCCUGUGGCACCUCCCAGGAAGCCGACCUUACCCUCAGGUACCCAGAGGCCAUGGCCCGGCGGUGGCCUUGGAUGGCCAGUGUGCGGGCCAAUGGCACACACAUCUGUGCGGGCACCAUCAUUGCCUCCCAGUGGGUGCUGACCGUGGCCCACUGCCUGAUCCAGCAUGGCACUGUCUACUCAGUGCGGGUGGGGAUCCCGUGGAUUAACCAGAUGUCACCGACUAGCUCUGAAGUCCUGGUGAGCCAGGUCAUUGUGAACAACCGGUACCGGGCCCGGCGCUACUGGUCCUGGAUGGGCCAGGUCCACAACAUCGGCCUCCUCAAGCUCCAGCGGGAGCUCAAUUACAGCAGCGAAGUCUGGCCCAUCUGCCUACCUGGCUUGGGCCACGUGCUGAAGGACGGGUCCCGCUGCACUGUGACGGGCUGGGGCCGCUCCAAGGUUAAUGGCACGUGGCCCCAGUCCCAGACCCUUCAGGAGAAGGAUGUCACCAUCCUGAACACCAAGGCGUGCGACAGCUUCUACCACAAGUUCUCUAAAAUCCCCUCUCUGGUUCGGGUCAUCACGUCCCAGAUGAUCUGUGUGCAGGACAGCGACAGGGAGCAGUUCUGUUAUGAGACGAGCGGUGAGCCCUUGGUCUGCUUCACGGAGAGCUCGUGGUACCUGGUGGGAGUGGUGAGCUGGGGCCCAGGCUGCAGCCAGGAGGAGGCCCCGCCCGUCUUCCUGCGCGUCGCCUCCUACCAGUACUGGAUCUGGGACCGCCUCAGCGGGCAGACCCUGCCCUGCCCGUCCCGGGCCCUGCUCCUGGCACUCCCUCUGCCCCUCAGCCUCCUUGCUGCCCUGUGACGCUCUCGCGCCACCCUUGGGUAUG